AUGUUGAAGUGGACGGUAACAAAACGUUCGGAUGCGAACGAUCGAGGUAGCCUGCCGCCAAAGCAACGCCGGCAUUCGUUGCGGUCCGUGGAAACCCUGGCCGCCGACAGACACUUGGGGGCGACCUCUGCGACCGGCCGGGCGACAACCCACUACAAGGCGAGGGCUCGCCGAUCUCUUGGACACGCCGUCCACGCGAACUACGAUAAGGAAAACCAGUGCAUUACCUCGACACCGCAUCCGUUGACGGGCCGUCUGACCGCUUCGCCCUACGCCAUGGUCCUGCGGGAUGUUAGCAAUAUUACACCGAACGGUACGACUCCGUCCCGGGCCACACCGUCUAGCCGCAAGCGCUCCCUCCAGGACGCAUCGAUGCUGUCGCCCGAAUCGAAGCUGGCCACCGGCGGUAAGAAGGUGGCCACCGACGUGCACGAAUCUUACGCCUCGACCCUGCCGACCUUCGACAUCGAGUACUCGCCGUGUGGCGUGAAGAACGUUCCUUUCCUAGCGCUCCGCGGUCUGGGAGUGUCCGAGUUCCCGGACCGGAAGCCCGGUCGGUACUUUGAGGCCGAGGGUGCUGACCACGGCCACGGACCGGCUGCCAAGCGGGUGAAAGCGGGUGAAAGCGGCGCAACGUUCGGGCUGCCGGAGCCUCGGAGCCUAGAGGAGCCAUGCGUCACACCCCUGUCGUCACGGUUGUCCGAGUUGCGGUUCAACAAGAUGAGCCAAACGAAGAAGCGGAUCAACAUUAGCCUUUCGUCUGCGUCGGUCGCCCUCGAGGAGCACGACUCGUCGCCCAACUCGUCCGAGAUGGGUGACAUCACGCUGGACAAGAUGAUCGAUGCGAUUCUGGAGAGCGCCAAGAAGGAUACGCGCUGGAUACGGCAUGGGCCGAAGCGUUCGUCCAGCGUCAAAUCGAAGCAAUCGCAUGCGGCCUCCCCGACGUACACGCCGGCCUACGACCCGGCCGCGGAUCUGUACCCAGCGGAGCAGCACACCCGACCGAAACGGCACGGCGCCAAGGAGACCACGAUCAUCCUGGAAGAAAGUGGAGGUCACGUUAAUGAGCGGGAGGUGAAGACUCCGGAAGUCAGACCGGUUGGGCGGCAUUCGCUCGGUGGCAAGCUAGUGAUAGCAGCUAGUCCCCUGGAGGCCGCAUGUCAUCUGCGGCGCCAGAAGGCGGUACGGCGGAAAGCUAAAAAUGAAGUGGCCUGCGAGCCACCGCCGCUCGCCAGUUUGACCACUCCACCGGUGCUGCUGUGCAGCCGAUCGACGAUGGAUCAGAUGGUGCUACUGCAAACUCCCGUAGGCCGCCAGUCUCCAUUGCCACCAGCUCGACAGCCACAGCCACAGCAGCAGCACCAGCUACAGGAGGAAGCGUUGAGCACUGCAACGACCACGAGCCUACGAUCGGUGUUCCUGCAGGGUACCUCGACUCCGACGAGACUGGGCCCGGGCCGCAAAUGCUUGGCCUUCUCCCCGGCAUCCAGCGAAGACUCGCUCGAGACGCGUCGCUCCAGCACGUCUCGCUGCUCCGGACGGGUCGAUCCGGGCGCUGUCAUUGCAAACGUGCCCGGUGUGCUCGAGCUCCGGGUAGCGUUCGAGUCGAGCAGACGUUUGCAAGUUCACGUGGUCCGUUGUAGGGAUCUGCAGCGCGCCACUGUUGGCUCCAUCAAUGCGUACGUGAAAGUGGCACUGGUUGGCGCGACCCAUCAUCCGCCACACUCGGACCAAGGAUUCCAGCGGACCGCCGUGCACCGGAACUCCAGCAAUCCCCAGUUCGAUCAUCGGUUCUUCUUCGACACCGUGCCGGACGACGAGUGCCGGGUGCAGCUGGCCGUAUGGCACCGCGAUCGGGAUAGCAAGCGAAGUGAAUUUCUAGGAUGCAUCUCGUUCCCGGUAAAGAAUGCAACUAAACAGGAUAUUGAAGGCUCGUACCGACUGCAGCCGCAAGCGUGUCUGACCAACCCUACCGCACCGAUAGCAGAUACUAUGUGCGAUAACUCCCGAUCGAGUGCCGACGAUAUCGUGAGCAUGGAAAACACUAGCAGCAGCACUACGAUGGCGACAACGAUGAGUGCAGCGACAGGCCCUGCGGUCAGCGAAACGGGGGCCGCACCCGAGCAGAUCAGUCUGAGCAAGAAGGCGCUCCAUCAGCGCGAUGCCGACGAGAAUCUGUUUCUCCGAUUCCUCGAACUGGACCCGUCGCCCGAUGCGACGGCAACCAGCGGCAGCGUUAGCGGGUUGCCCGUUCCGGCCACUCCACGGCGCAGUUCCGUUUGUUCCGGCAAGCCCGCGAACUCGGCAGGACGUACGCCGUUCACGAUCACGAAGCGCUUGGCGCGGUCCGGUGACCGAGGGUUCGGGUUUUCCAUCGUCUGGACCCACCCGCCGCGGGUGGAGAAGAUUGAGCAGGGCCUGUCGGCGGACAAGGCGGGCAUUCUGCCCGGCGACUAUGUGGUGUUUGUGGAGAAGCACAACGUCGUCACGAUGCCGGAGCAGGACGUACUGAAUCUGAUCCGAACGCAAGGGAAUACGCUGCUGCUGGAGAUAUUUCGCCGCCCGCAGCAGAUACCGGGCCAGACCCCGGCACGGAUCGGUAACGGGCUGCGCCAGUCCACGGCGCCGGACAUGCUGGGGAACACCACCUCGGCCCUCGUCACCGGGAGUAGAAACUUGAUCAACCUCACCCAGUGCAGCGUGGCGACCAAGAACGCUCCGGACGAUCCGGACUCUUCGCUGAAGGCCAACCCGUUCAGUGUGGCCCGUUCGUCGACGGCCUGUUCGAACAUUUCAAUUGAAACCGCCAAACGGAAACUGCACCUACCGCAAGUUACGUUCAGCAAAGAGUCAAUUGUCCACCAGUUUCCUGACCAUCGCCGAAAGUUCCUGUACCAGCUGAUCAGUCGCGAGCAGCAUUUUAUCAACGCCAUCAACUUCGGCAUUGAGCGGUUUGUCAAUCCACUGCGCGAACGAAAAGACCUGAUCUCGUCCAACGAUCACAAAACCCUGUUCCAGAACAUCGACGAGUUGUCUCGCAUAUCGGAAGACAUCUUGGAGCAAGUCGUACAGGACGAAACGGAACUGCAGAUCCACUUCGCGUCGCGUGUUUAUCUGUCCAAAAGUACGGCACUGUGUGCGGCCUAUAGGAAAUACUGUAACGGUCUAAAGAAGGCCGAUUGCGUGCUGGUCAACAAAUCGAGAAAUUCAAACUGUGAUUUUAUGAAAUUCAUUACGGAGCCACCGGUACCACGGAAACGUCCAGACCUAACAUCCUUCAUACAUCGACCUCUCCAGCAUUUUAGGGAGCUACUCAAACUAGUCCAAAUGAUCGCUUCCCAUUGUCGUGUAGAUAGCGAAGAACAAAACAAUUUUAACAGUAUCAUAGGCGAACUGCAGAUAUCGUACCGUGAGAUUACGGUCGGUGGAGGGCUGAUGGAGCCGGUCGGCGAAGGUCGGCCACUGUUGACGUUGCAGGACCUCGAAGCAAGGAUGGUGUUCACCAAAUGCAAACCCUUCCAGCUGGCAUCUCACGGGCGGCAGUGGAUUUUCGGUGGUGAUUUGUCGCGCGUCGAGGGCAGAUCAGUGAAGCCCUAUUGGACGUUGCUGUUCAGUGAUAUACUGCUGUUUGCGAAAGUUAGCCGAGACCGGGUUCUGUUCAUUACCGAGGAGCCGAUAAGUCUCUCCACCAUAACCGAUUCCUGUUUUAACAUUCGGAAGAAGAAUACCGAGUUUCGCAUAACGAUCGACCCGAAUGGCCGCCAGAUAGAGAGUCCUACGGUCCACUGCGCACCGGACUUGACCCGCACACCGAAGAAAAACUCGAAAAAACGCUACAUAAUACUCCGGGCACCGUCCACCGAGCUCAAAGCGGUUUGGCAGAACCUACUAACUCGGCAAAUCUUUCUGGUCAAUGCAACGCUCGGUUCUACCCCGCUCAGUAGUCCACUGGAUUCGCCGGACAUUCUGCAAUCGCUGGUACCUGCGAUCGACAUUGGCCCCACCAGCAGCUCGAUGGCCUCGGUAAAGGUACCGUCGCUGGAUAACCUCCAUCUUAAGAACCCCCAGCCCAGAUUGAUUAGAGUCUCGAGGCAGGUCGAGGAACUUAUUGACGAGAAGUGUAGGAAGCUCAAUAAAACGGGCGUUCCGCAAGGCAGUGCGCUCCACCUGGCCCAGUGGAUGAAGGGUCAGUUGGACAAGCAGGUCAUCGAGUCGGACCCGAUCGACUCCGAUCCCGAGCAGAACAUCGAAGAGUGGUCCGCCGAGCAGGUUACCAACCGCUCGAAGGAGCUGAAUCUGGUCGACUCGAACGGCACCGUGCAGAUGCUGGCAGCCAACAGCAACGGCAACGAAGAGUCGGCGGGCGACCCCCAACCUCCAGCCGACGAUAGUUCAACCUUCGAGGAGGGCGAUGAUAACAAGAGUGUGUCCAAGAGUACGACAUCCGACAGUCAGAUAACGGUACGAUCGAGCCCCCUGAGCAAUAAGGUAGACACCAUAUCGGUGUGUCGGCAGUGCCACAAAACCUGCAAAAAUAGGCUGAGCUCCCUAAGCAACAAUUCACUGACAGUACAGCACAGCCAGAGCACCGUGACGAACCGGUGCUGUGUGUCGACCUCCACCACGGACAGCAGUCUGAACAAGAGUCCCAACUAUUCGUCCAGCAUCUCCUCCUCCAGCACACUAACCACUCACGGUGAAUCCGAGGGGCAAGACCAGAGUGCUCCCAAGCAAACGGCUACAAGUCCGGACGCAACUCCGAACUUGGAUGCGGCGAAGGAACCCCAAAAACUGAAACGAAGUCUACAGCUGACGAGUAAAGGCUAUAGGGCCAUGUGCCGGACGGCCUGCAACUGCAAGUGCACGCCAAAGGACUUCGAAAAAAGUACUCUCAGCCCGGACGAGUUGCUGCACGAGCAAGUGAAGAUACUGCAGAGCAUCAGCGAGGUCAAUGGGAACAGUGUCACGGUGCAUGGCAAAAUCGAGACGCACAAAAUGAAUGGGCGUCUGCCGAACAGCACGACAGGGCACGUCGAGGCAGCAGCGGACGUCACCGACGAUGCCAACGCUGACGAUUGGGCACUGAUGGAGUUGAUAGGCCUAGCCCAGAUCAACUCGGCUGCGUCGCUGGCUGGACUGGAUCCGUUCGAAGCGCUACCGACGAUUGCCGUCGUGCCGCCUACACCGGAUCUGGUAGGCCAACAGUUCGUCCAGCUGUCACCGUGGCCGUGCGAGAAGGGCAGACAGCAGCUAAAGCUAGACAUGGGGGCUCCCCGUUCCGCGGACGACGUGAGUGAUGAGUAUUCUCCCGACAACUCGCCCGAGGACGAAGUUAACGAACCACCGUACCGUGCCCUGAACGCCGGCUUGAAACGGUACGGUACCAUAUCGAGCCUGGAGCGUGUACCGUCCGAGGAUACCGAUGAUAACCUGCCGACCUACAACUCUUCCGAGGAGGACUCAGAAAGUGAUAUCAAAAUCGUGACCAAGGAAGUGUACGACAGUAACGCACAAACGAUCUUCAACUGGACCACCAGGGCGGGGAACUUUAUCGAAGAAUCGCGCGCAUUCAUCGAUCGUUACCUGGGGCAUGCGACUGCGCGCAGCGCCAACAACGCGGAGGAUGGGGAUGUCAAUAAAAGUGGAGCGGAGGGACACUCGAGGGACAAGACAAUCGGAUCUGGCGGCGGGGGCGAUGAGGAGGAAAUGAUCGAAGCUGAAACGUCGGCAACCUCCGGUGAGGAAGUCUGGGGCACCCCGACGAGCGGUGGCGAGAAUGACGAUCUGCAACUCUUCGGCAGUAUCGAACCGACACACUCGUCCCCGACCAAGUCAUCUUCCUCGUACACAUACGACGACGACACCGAGCUGAUGAUGGAUGAACUGCUGAUGGCACCACCUAUGACCGCCAGCGCAGUGCGGGGACUACUACCAAGGCGCAAGCUAGAGCCACUGUUCGAGGAGGAAACGGAGAGUUAUGAGUCGGAUGACGACAGCAAACCGCUGAGUGGUAGAGAUAAUCAGGGGCAAGCUACGGAAAGAAAUCGUCCGGCUUAUGCGGAUUUAAGAGGUUCCACUGGAUCCGGGUCGGUAAGUACGACUCCGUCGUCGACGCCGCAAGUCGAACCGAGCGAGGCGAUAAAGACUACCACUCCCGACGAAAACUAUGGGAGUGCUGCUGACAGAUGCUAUGCGUCUGUACAGCUGCCGAGCAGCAGGACGCACUGUGCAAACGGUACCGGAAGAUCCACGGACAGGACCGACUUGCUGAUCGGGCUCAGUCCGAGGCAAGAGAUGCGUCUGGCGCUCAGUCACGACAUUCUCGGCGACGACGACUUGCGCACCUACAGUGCACCUGGGCCGGACCUGAUGGCACUUCUCGGGCGCGACCUCUCCACAUACCGUCCGGCGAGCGGGAAGGAGAUUAUCAUGAACCGUAUCGUGACUCAUGUGAGCAGCUACAGCAGCAAUAUCCAGGUGGUGGCGAACGCCUCGCCCAAACCGACCGAACCCAGAAUGGAGCAGCCGCACACGUCGGCGAUAACCGACUCGCCCCUGCCCACCCUGAGAAACGAAACGAGCUCAUCAUAUCAACAAAACAAUUCAAAGAUGGAUACUCCUACACCGAAUCGACGAAAAGCUAUCGCUCAAGCUACCUGGAACAGUUUUGGGUAUGUGGAUCGAGACGAAAAGACUCUGUCGGACCUGGAACGUUUAGCACGGCGGGAGAAAAUCUACUGCAUGACGCAGCUGAACCCAACCAGUUCAACCCAUCUGAAACAUACAGCUAGUUUCAACAGCAAAUCGAAACAUUCGAGCAGAUUGUUCCAUUUCUUAUCACGGAGAAAUUCGGAAAAUCAGUUGGUACGUCUUUUGAGUACAAAAGAUAGCACAUCGCACGACGGUUCCACCUGCACGUCGGAUUCAACCCGCCAGGGCUCGACACGAAAGGAAAGUGAUAAGCCACUUGAUCGGAGGUUUUGGAAGCAGUUGAGUCGCCGACGCCGAGCCAGCUUUCAUGAAGUUUCUUCAUGA